GUGCUGAAAUGUUUCCGCCCGGAGUUAUUUUGGACUUGAACCCAUGCUCGUACAGCGGUUGGUGCAGGAGUUAGAUGUGUUUUCUUUCGUGUUCUUUUUGGCUAAAGUAGUUGGUUGACUACAUUACUCUUAAUUGUCGCCAGCCAAGGAGUCAGUAUGGCGGAUGUGAGGGACGCGAAGCUGGAUUUUACUCUCAAAGAGCUGCCGUUUUCCCAUCCCGCCAAACACGAGGAUGUCCCGGGCAGCUCGUCCACCGUGGAGCUCCAGGACAACAAGUUGGUGUGUGUGGAGUAUCCGGGGGUCUUCAGCAGCGCAGACAGGAUGCUGGCCACUCUGGGUAGUGAACAAAAAGUAACAAAAACCUAUGCCAACCCCAGCAAGCGUCUUGAGCUGCGUUACCGACCCCAAGACCCUUUCUGUCACUCACUGUACGGAAACCGCGUCGCAUCAGGCAACCUCCUCCUCAGAGUGCGACGGCGGGUGCGAAAAAAUGACCCCAAGGAUGCUGAAAUCCACAUGGACAUGCUCGGAGUCAUUGGAACCACAUACAAAUUCACGGGGCUGGCAGACUUCCAGUGCCUCGCUGUGCAUUCAGAAGGUGGAAAACAUACGUCUUUGUAUGACAAAAUCAUACUCCGCAAACCCGAGAGUCAAGAGUUCUUUGAGCAGCCCAUGCCUUACUUUCUCCCCCCACCCAUCUUCUCACGCCUCGACAGUCCCGUGGAUUAUUUCUAUCGGCCUGACGUCCAUCUAAACCAAAUGCUAGGUGACAGUAAGAAUUUCAUUGGCUUAAAUCGUGCUGGCCGGCCCCACAACGCCAUUUUUGUCAGCUUCACUGAUCCCAUCGUGCCUGCAGAGUGCCUUGAGGCAGCUAAAGUGACCUGGAAGCGAAUCUGCAUGAAUGAGUGUGACAAGCGGGGUGAGGAGCAGCUGAAAAAGAUGUUUGAGAGCCGGCCCAUCUGGUCACGGAACGCAGUCAAAGCCAACAUCAACCUCCACCCUGAUAAACUGAAGCUGCUGCUGCCCGUCUAUGCCUACUACAUGGUGACAGGGCCGUGGAGAAGCCUGUGGGUGAAGCUCGGCUACGAUCCCCGAAAGACCCCAGAGGCCAAAAAAUAUCAGAUGCUGGAUUUCAGGAUCCGUUGUAGCUCCAAGCACGGCUACUUGCUAUCCAACAUACCAAUAAAAGCCAAGAGAAGCUCCCUGAACUACAGUCUCCCAAACACAUUAAACAAGUCGGCACCCCAGCCAGCUAGUGUGAUGGAUCUUCCCACUCAGGAGGGUCCCAGCAGCAGUCGAGAUCCAGCUCCAGUCACGUACCAGCUGAAGGACUCAUCCUACAUUUUCAGAGAGGGCAUGCUGCCUCCUCACAGACAAAUGUUUUACCAGGUCUGUGAUUUGGAUGUGGAAAGCAUCCAAAAGGAGAUCGAGCAGAACAACGGCAACGAGCAGCACUGUGACGAGCGUGACGGCUGGUGUGUCGUCGGCACCACAGACAAGCUGAGGGACAUGAUCUCAGCCAUGAUCAAGGCGGUGAUCAGAGCGCAGAAGCCAGCGUUGCCGGAAUUACCCAAAAGACGAAGACGUAAAGGCCAAAGCGUAAAAGAUGUUUAUGCAGAGGAGGAGGAAGAUGAAGUAGGGGAGGAUGAGAAUAGGGAGGAUGAAGAGGAGGAUGAGGAAGACGAAUUUCAGCCAUCUGAAGGAAGUGAAAAUGAGAUGGAGACUGAAAUUUUAGAUUACAUGUAACACAAUAAAACCACGUGUUGACAUGAAUUUGACUGUUAAUCUGUUGUAUCAUCAGUUUCUUUAAAAAUGUGACCAGUUCAGUUGAAUGUAAAUAAAGAAAUUAUGUUCUUUUAAAGGUUUGUUUAACAGUUGUGUUCUCUUUGCUGUUAAUGCAGAGAAACCUUUUGUGUUUGCGUUUAAAUUGGCAUUUUUGUUAGUUACAGUAUAACUGGAGUUCACCAUGGACACAAAUAAAGGUUCAGUUUUUCUGACCAAAUAACUUUCAUAACCAACAUUAAAAAUUGCCAGAUGCCA